AUGCGUUCCUCAUUCCUUUCUUUGACUGCUAUCGUUUGCAUCAUUGCAGGUGCUCAUUCGAUUCCUUUGCCUGCACCUCAUGGUGGUGAUAUUGGCUCGACUGUUAAUGGCAUCCUCGGUGGUGGCGGUGAUUCUUCUGCAUCGGCUAAUGGUGAUGUCUCAGCUGGUGGAAGCACUUCAGCCGGUAUCAAUGGUGAUGGUUCAGCAUCUAUUGGUGGUGAUGAUAGCGCCAAUGGCUCCUCUUCUGGUGAGGGUGAUCAAUCCAACAAGGAUGUGACAUCCGGCAAUGGCGAUUCAUCUGCAUCGGCUAAUGGUGAUGUCUCAGCUGGUGGAAGCUCUUCAGCCGGUAUCAAUGGCGAUGGUUCAGCAUCUAUUGAUGGUGAUGAUAGCGCCAAUGGCUCCUCUUCUGGUGAUGGUGGUGAUCAAUCCGACAAGGAGAAAUCAUCUGGCAAGGGCAAUUCUUCUGCAUCGGCCAAUGGCGAUGUCCCCGUUGGUGGAGGCUCUUCAACCGAUAUCAAUGGCGAUGGUUCAGCAUCUAUUGGUGGUAGCAGCAGCAGCUCUUCAUCUGGUAACGGUGAUGGUUCGGCAUCUAUUGGUGAUAGUGGUAGCGGCUCUUCAUCUGCUGGUGGUGAUAAGUCUGACAAGGAUGAAUCUUCGGGUAAUCAUUCUGGAUCUCAUGAUGGCAACAAUGGCUCCAACAAUGGUAGCGAAGGCAACGAAGGAUCCAACAAUGGCAACAAUGAUGGCAGCAAUGGCAGCAAUGGAUCCAACAAUGGUAACAAUGGCAACAAUGGCAGCAAUGGAUCCAACAAUGGUAGCGAAGGCAACGAAGGAUCCAACAAUGGCAACAAUGAUGGCAGCAAUGGCAGCAAUGGCAGCAAUGGAUCCAACAAUGGAUCCAACAAUGGUAACAAUGGCAGCAAUGGGUCCAACAAUGGUAACAAUGGCAACAACGGCAACAAUGGCAACGAAGGAUCCAACAAUGGCAACAAUGGCAACGAUGGAUCCAACAAUGGCAACAAUGAUGGCAACAAUGGCAGCAAUGGAUCCAACAAUGGCAACGAAGGCAACGAAGGAUCCAGCAACGGCAACAAUGGAUCCAACAAUGGCAACAAUGGAUCCAACAAUGGCAACAAUGAUGGCAACAAUGGCAGCAAUGGAUCCAACAAUGGCAACGAAGGCAACGAAGGAUCCAGCAACGGCAACAAUGGAUCCAACAAUGGCAACAAUGGAUCCAACAAUGGUAACAAUGGCAACAAUGGCAACGAAGGAUCCAACAAUGGCAACAAUGAUGGCAACAAUGGAUCCGGUGAUUCAUCAAGCUCUGGUGAUCAAUCCACAUCAGGCGAUGGUUCAAGCUCUAACAUUGCCGACGCUGCAACCGGUAUUGUUGGCGGUCUUACAGGCGGUAGUGGUAAUGGCUCUUCCGGUGAUGAGCAAGGUUCCGGCUCUGGUAUUACUGAUACUGCAGGUGGUGUUAUUGGCGGCCUUACAGGAAGCGUUGAUGGUUCUUCAGGCUCUGGUUCUUCUGGUGAUGCCAAUGGUUCAGGCUCUUCUGGUGAUGCCAAUGGCUCUGGUUCUACUAGUGAUGUCAAUGGCUCUGGUUCUACUAGUGAUGCAAGUGGCUCCGCCUCUUCUGGUGAUGCAUCUGGAUCUGCCACAGCUGAUGUUGGUGGCAUCACUUCUGGUCUUACUGGUGGAAGCGGUUUGGACUUAUCUGGUAUCCUUGGUUCCUCUCAAAAGGUGCCAGCUAAGGAUAUCCUCGAGAAGAUUGUCAAGAAGAUUCAACCCCACUUGGAGUUUACAAAGAGCUUAGCUGAUUGCCUUGCCAAAAAGCUCGGUGUUGAAGUUGACCAAACCAUCAAGCCAAGCGAAUUUGCUAGCCAAGCUGGUAUGGACAACGCACAAAUCGGCCAAACGAUUAGCCAAUUCUUGCAACAAAAGUAUGGUGCCGAUGCUAGUGUUAGCCACUAA